ACCCGGAAGCGCGAGGCUCGCGCCCACUGUGCGAACCGUUCGGGAGGGGGGAGCGCGGCAGCUGAGGCUUGCCGGGCGGCGCGCCCCGCCUCUUGGAGGCCCGCCCUCCAGCUCGCCCCCACAACCCUGAGGGCCUGCGGGUACUGAGCGCUCCGGCAGUCGGUGACCCAGACUCAGCCGCCUCCCCGGCCCGUGCUCUACUGGAGGGAAGAGCCGCCUUGGAGAGGAGGCAAAGGGACGUGGGGGAGGCCACGGCAGUUUGUCCGUAGGGCCUGGAGUCUUUCCUCCCCUCUGGGCAGCGCUGGAGAAUGACUCUGCAAAUUGCCUCCUACCCACACACAAAGCCAGAAGUAUGGGGAAGAAAUAAGAUGCUGAUUACAGAGUUUACUGUUUAAUGAUUAUCGUGGAUGAUGAUGAUAGUAAAAUAUGGUCGCUGUAUGAUGCAGGCCCCAGAAAUAUCAGGUGUCCUCUGAUAUUUCUUCCCCCUGUCAGCGGAACUGCGGAUGUAUUUUUCCGGCAGAUUUUGGCUUUGACUGGAUGGGGUUACCGCGUUAUAGCUUUGCAGUAUCCAGUUUACUGGGACCAUCUUGAAUUCUGUGAUGGAUUCAGAAAACUUUUAGACCAUUUACAACUGGAUAAAGUUCACCUGUUUGGGGCUUCUUUGGGAGGCUUUCUGGCCCAGAAAUUUGCUGAAUACACACACACAUCCCCCAGAGUCCAUUCCCUCAUCCUCUGCAAUUCGUUCAGCGACACCUCCAUCUUCAACCAAACUUGGACUGCAAACAGCUUUUGGCUGAUGCCAUCAUUUAUGCUCAAAAAAAUAGUUCUUGGAAACUUUUCAUCUGGCCCAGUGGACCCUAUGAUGGCUGAUGCUAUUGAUUUCAUGGUGGACAGGCUGGAAAGUUUGGGUCAGAGUGAACUGGCUUCAAGAUUAACCCUGAAUUGUCAAAAUUCUUAUGUGGAACCUCAUAAAAUUCGGGACAUCCCUGUAACCAUUAUGGAUGUAUUUGACCAGAGUGCACUUUCAACCGAAGCUAAGGAAGAAAUGUACAAACUGUAUCCUAAUGCCCGGAGGGCUCACCUUAAAACAGGAGGCAAUUUCCCAUACCUGUGCCGAAGUGCAGAGGUGAAUCUUUAUGUACAGAUACAUUUGCUGCAAUUCCAUGGAACCAAAUAUGCGGCCAUUGACCCUUCGAUGGUCAGCGCUGAGGAACUCGAGGUGCAGAAAGGCAGCCUCAGCGUCAGUCAGGAGGAGCAGUAGUUGUGGUGUUGGCUGUUAAUGCUGUGUGAUCCAGAGAGUUCUCGUACAAUCAUGGCGUCAGUGCCCACCCGGUGGCCUCUCCAUCUGGCUGUCAGGUUCACCGGUUAUCACUGUGUUUGGAAGUAGGACUGAUUGUCGUCUUUGUGACAGGCGGCAGCUCUUCUAAGCCAGUGUAACUGUUCCCUCUUCGGUUUUUUUAGCUUUCAAAUUUGGGGAAGUACUUUUGAAGACUCCCAUUUUAAGAAUUGUGAAAAUUUUGCUACCAAAAGUCAUCACCACUGUGUUCUUAAGCGAAUAUUAAUUUCUGAGGUUUGGGAUUUUGUUUUUUUUUGUUUUUUUUCUUUUAUUUCCUCCUUUCUUUCUUUUUAUGUUAUUUGCUGUAAAUGCUGCACAUACAGAUUGUGUAUCAGAAGGACUUCGGUUAUUUUUAUGCUUUCUUGGUUAUCAAGUGCCAAGCUGUCACCCCACCGUGUGCUCUCCUGCAACAUCAACUACUUCUAAUUUCCAGUUACACAGAAUCAUUUUCAGUUUUAUCUGUUGCCUUUCUAGCCAUUAUAGUUAUUUGGAAUAAAAAUUCAAUUUCACUGAA